AUGUUGCUGCCACUGAUUUGGAGCCUCCUCUCGGUGGCCACUCUGCUGCUCCUGUUCCUUUUCUACUGGCACGGAAACCACUGGCGAAGGAGGGGAUUGAAAGGUCCUUUUGGCUGGCCUCUGGUGGGAAAUAUGGUGAACUUUGCCCUGGCUCGACGUUCCUAUGGCGAGGUUUAUGAGAAAAUCUACAGACAGAACCCUACAUUAAAGUACGUGGCGUUCUAUCGGCUAUUCAAUGAACCCGCAAUUUUGGUUCGCGAUCAGGAGAUCCUGCGCCAAAUCCUGGUGGGCAAUAGUUUCGUGGACUGUGCGGAUAAUGUUGUCAAUGUGGAUCACCAUCGAGAUGUUCUCGCCAGUCACAAUCCCUUCAUUGCCAAUGGAGAACGCUGGCGAAUCUUUCGAGCCGAUUUGGUGUCUCUCUUUACGCCAAGUCGAGUGCGACAGACUUUGCCCCACAUAACCAAGGCUUGUCAGUUGCUAAGAGAACAAACCUCCGCGGAAAACUUUGAAGCCAAAGAUCUUGCCACCCGCUAUACUUUGCAGGUGAUUGCCUCCGUGGUUUUUGGACUGGAUGCUAAUUGUUUGGGUGGCCAAAAAGUGGACAAAACUGGGAGUCAAAGUCGCUGGCUGGAGUGGCUGGCUCCACUUUUUCAACCAACUGUUUGGAGUUUGCCGGAGACUAUGGCCUUGUUGCAUUCCCCUCGACUGGGAAGACUUAUUGGCCACAGAUAUGUACCCGAAAGCUUGCAGAAUUGGUUCAGAGAAUUGGUGGCAGCCAGAAGCCAUGGAGAUAACCUCCUCCAAUGGCUUUCCGAGAGCAAAAGGACUUUGGAAAAGGACGAACUGGCAGGACAUGCAACCACUUUGCUUUUGGAGGGUUACGAGACAUCAUCAAUGCUUUUGGCAUUCGCCCUUUACGAAUUGGCCAUAAAUGAGGAUAUACAGAAACAACUUCAAAUCGAAUUGGAUAAAGUGGCUUUCAAUCACGAUGGUGGUUUACUUGAUCAAGUGGCACUGGGAAAACUGCGUUAUACGGAAGCCACUCUUCUCGAAACCCUUCGAAUUCAUCCAGCUAUGCAAGCCCUGCAGAAACGCUGCACCAAAUCCUUUGCAAUUCCUGCCCAGAAAUCUGGUUGGAAAGGCGAAUUUGAAGUCCAAAUGGGAACGGUUUUAGUGGUGCCCGUUCAGGCCAUUCACCUAGAUCCUGAAUUUUAUCCACAACCCAACCAGUUUCAACCGGAGCGCUUUCUGAACCAAAUACAAAUGGGUUGUAAGUUCUUGGCUUUCGGCGCUGGACCUCGAAUGUGUCCAGGAAUGCGACUUGGUCUGCUCCAAACGAAGGCGGCUCUGGCCACUCUCCUGCAGGAUCAUCGAGUCCUUGUGGCGAAUCAGGAUCAAAAGCGGUUGCAGAUCUCCCCCCUCACUUUUCUCACCGCCAGCAGACGGGGAAUUUGGUUACGUUUUGAGAAAAGAACUCGGGAUUAGGAAAACCGAAUUCAAUUUCAGUUGAAAGGUUAAGCCAAGGAAGAGUUUAAUUAAGUUUAUCCUUUUGCCACACAAAUAAUAGUGCCUUGUAUAUUCGUGUUAAUUAACAGACUUUCAAGCUUCUAAAACCAAGAAACAACAAACAAAUUUAGUAAUUGCGCUACGAAUUCAAUUCACUCAGUGAAAUAGUUUCCAUGCAUGUGUUAUUUUGCUUGAAAUUGAAUUGUUAAUUAAUUUAAACAAUUUUCGGCACAAUUAUACAAUUGUAUGAGACACCUUUUAUUUAGAAAUCAUUUCAGUUAGCACAAAAGCACAAAGCCAGUGGUCUUGUGUGCACUUCAUUUAAAUUUAAUUAUCUGCAGAUGAAAGCAUAUUUGUGAUUUCCAAUGUCCUUAAACAGCUUCGAAUUCAGAAUUAAAUUGUAUGGCAAACAAUUGCUGAUAGAAAAUGCAACUGCCUAACAAUUUAAAUAAUUUAAACGGGAAUCGAGUGAAAAUGAAGCGAGUUGAACUUUAAUGGCAACGAAUUGCGAAACACAUCCUUCUGCAGUUUUAUUGCCGCUUUGCGGUUGGAAAAUAGUUAAGAGGAGCAUAAAAUAAAUAGGCAUUAAACGCGCAGUUUGUGUUUAAUAGCAUGCGAA